UACAUCAGCCUGCACCACAGCAUCCCCGGGGCCACCGCCUGCGACCUGAAAACGCAGGGGCUUCCGGCGCCACCACCCCAGUGCCCACACUCCCUGUCCACCCUGCCUGGACCCACCAACUGGCCCUUGCUGGGCAGCCUCGUGGACAUACUGCGCAAAGGAGGGCUGAAGAGGCAGCACCAGGCGCUGGCCGGCUACCACAAGCAAUACGGGAAGAUCUUCCGCAUGAAGCUGGGAUCGUUUGACUCCGUCCACAUCGGGGCUCCCUGCCUGUUAGAAGCCUUGUUCAGAGAGGAGAGCAAUUACCCCAAAAGACUGGAGAUCAAGCCCUGGAAGGCGUACCGAGACUACCGGGAUGAAGCCUACGGUCUCCUAAUAUUGGAAGGGAAGGACUGGCAGCGAGUUCGAAGUGCUUUUCAGCAAAAGUUAAUGAAGCCGACAGAAGUUGGGAAAUUAGACACCAAAAUCAAUGAGGUGAUGGUGGACUUUGUGCAGAGAAUGGAUGAGGUGCUCACUCCCGAGGGGAAGAUCGAGGACUUGUAUUGUGAACUGAAUAAGUGGUCUCUGGAGAGUAUCUGCAUGAUCCUCUAUGAGAAGCGAUUUGGUUUUUUACAGCCUAAUUUAGGAGAAGAGGCCUUGGACUUUAUCACGGCUAUAAAAAACGAUGAUGAGCACCUUCGGUCUGAUGAUGGUGACACCGGUGGAACUGCACAAACGUCUGAACACCAAAAUCUGGAAAGAUCACACCCAUGCCUG